AUGUUCCAUAUACUUUCCUUCCUGUGUGCCAUACUAGCGCUGGCAUCUACAGCCCAAUCAACAGGCGUUAUUGUGCCACUAUAUGCCUGGCCAGGAACAGACGCAUGGACGACCGUCUACCAAUCAGUCGCCGCGCACCCGUCAGUUCCCUUCUACCUGAUUAUCAACCCGGACACCGGCCCAGGAGCAACAGAGUAUCCAGAUGAGCCCUACAUAACCGGAAUCUCCAAACUGAAUAGCUACCCCAACGCCCAUGUCCUGGGAUACACCUAUACGAACCACGGCACACGCGCAAAGUCAGACGUUGAGAAAGAUAUUGCCGCAUACGCGAAAUGGACCAACUAUGCCGGAAAGGACAUCAGUCUUGCCGGAGUCUUCUUCGACCUUACACCCAAUGGUGAAGAUCAGAGCAAGCUCGGCUACUUCCAAGAGCUAUCUUCAACAACCAAAGAAAGCGGUCUGAAUAUGGUUGUUUUCAACCCUGGUGCGAAAAUUCUAGCCGAUGUUGCGGACUGGUUUGCUGCUGCAGAUUUUAUCGUCGAGUAUGAGAAUACUUACGCUAAUUGGAUGGCUUUGGCGCCAACUGAGCAUCUCUCGAAACAAGGGAAUGAUGCCAAGAAAGCUAUCAUUCUCAACCAGACACCUGCUGAUGCCAGUAUCAAUACUGUUGUCAAGUUGGCGAAGAAUAUGGGGCUGGGUGCUAUCUAUUUGACUUAUGAUGAGAACUAUAUGGGUCUCAGUUCCGUUUCUAAAGUUGCAGUUGCCGUUUCGCAAAGGAGGAAGGUGAAGCGGAAGGGUCAUACUGGCCAUUGA